AUGACGACCGUCUUCAAGAACGCCCGAAUAUUCUCGCCGACUUCGGCUCCAGGGAGCGAUGGUUUCGUCUCUUGCAUGGUGAUCAAGGGGAGCCGAAUCGUCCAGGUUGGGUCGACAGAGGAUGUCAACAUAACUCGCGAUGCCACGAUCAUCGACCUCCAGGGCCGAAUCGUGAUGCCCGGCUUUAUCGACGCUCACGUCCAUAUCCUUCAGUACGGACUUUCCCUGUGCAAAGUCGACUUGAUCAACUGCACCUCUCUGGAACAAAUCAGAGGUGCUGUUAAGUCUUAUGCCGACUCACAUCCUUCUGCCCCUCGCAUUCUAUGCCGCGGCUGGAUCCAGUCAACAGUUAAUGGAGAACCGCUGGCGAGCAUGAUAGAUGAUCUCGAUCCACGUCCUAUCUAUAUCGAGGCAGCGGAUCUUCACUCUACCUGGUGCAACUCCGCGGCGCUUGAUGAGAUGCACGCACAUGCUACCCCAGACCCUCCAGGCGGCGCUAUCAAUCGUGAUGAAACCGGACGAGCCACCGGCCUACUCGGUGAAGGCGCUGUAAUGAACUUCCUCUGGCCAUUCCUCGACCGAGUCACGCCGAAAGAGGACAAACUAGAAGCCCUACGCGCCGCUAUCGAAUCCUACUCCGCCGCCGGAUACACAGGCGCAGUAGACAUGGCCAUGACUGAGGAUCAUUGGGAUAUCCUUAAUCUCUACCGUGCUCAUAACCAAAUACCUUUCCACAUUGCUGCCCACUGGCUUGUUCCCUUCUCAGAUGAUCAACAAGUCAACUUCAGCUACGUCGACCGCGCCAUAGAACUUCACCAUCAAUUCAAGGAUCCUAACUUUUGCAUCGCAGGGAUCAAGCUUAUGUGUGAUGGUGUUGUUGACGGCUGCACCGCGGCCCUUAGCCAGCCAUAUGAAGGCCAUUUAUCUCCGGUGCAACCCAUCUGGCCAGAGGACCUCAUGUCUGCUGUCGUCCAGCGCGCAGACGAUGCAGGACUCCAAGUCGCUAUCCACGCCAUAGGCGACGAAGCCGUCCACCAAUCCAUCAAAAUCCUCUCAUCCCUCGCAAGAAACCGGUCCCCCAACGAUCAAAGUGAAACCGAACAAGAUCGAAGACACCGAAUCGAACACCUGGAACUAAGCUCUCCCGCCGACGCUGCCCGUCUCGGCCAUCUCGGCAUAAUAGCAUCCGUCCAACCAGUCCACUCCGAUCCAGCACACUUCACCGCUUGGCCUUCUUUGAUCGGAUCCCAUCGCUGCAAACGUGCUUUCGCUUACAAGGACUUUCUUGACGGCGGCGCUGUCAUCGCACUCGGAACGGACGCGCCCACAGCGCCGCACUAUCCUUUCCAGAAUCUCUACCACGCAACAACCAGACGUUCGGUUGUCAAUCGCGACAGCCGAGAUGUACUGAACCCGGAAUUCGGAUUGACGCUGCUGCAGGCUAUCGCAGGAGUGACAGAGGGGGCGGCGUAUUCGCGGUUUGCUGAGAAGUGGACUGGGAGCUUAACGGCGGGGAUGAGCGCGGACUUCGUAGUUGUCGAUAUGCUCUGGGAGGAAGAACGCUUGCUUGAAGCGAGAGUCUGUCAGACUUGGUAUCAGGGUGAAAGGGUCUUCAAUGGUGAUGGUAAUGCCAAGUAG